AUGGGUGGUUGGCGAAACUCCUUUAAGAACCGGUACGAUGUCGGCUUUUUGCGCGUUAAAGUAAUCGCGGCCACUGAUUUGGAGGCCAAAGACUUGAACGGAAAGUCGGAUCCCUACUGUAUGCUGGAGCUCCAGAACAUGCGUGUCCAGACGCAAACGAUUGAAAAGACCCUCAGUCCGCGAUGGGACAAGACCUUCAUCUUUCCAGUUACGGAUAUUCACGCGGUCCUCUCCGUAAAAGUCAUGGACCAGGACAAGACCAAAUCCGACUUCUUGGGACGCUUGGUCAUUCCCCUUUUGUGGAUGAAGAAUAACGAACAGUCAUGGUACGCUCUCAAGGACGAUAAUCUGCAUGGUCGAGCAAGAGGCUCAAUUCUACUCGAGUUCUUCUUCGUCUAUAAUCACGUAUGUUUGCACAACGACUGUGGGACAUUUUUUUCUGUAGGAUACCACUCCUUUAUGACAAGUCAACCGUUUCUAAGACCAGGUUUGCAAGAAAAUAAUACCUAA